AUGCCAGCAAACAGAUAUUCUGCAAUGACUUCGAAUAUUGUAGAAUCAGUCAAUGCUGUGACAAAGGCAGCCAAGAAUUACCCUAUUGUAUCGUUGCUAGAGUCAUUGCGGCAAACUGAACAAUCUUGGUUUUGUAAACAUAGAGAUGACUCACAUGAAACUUUUAUGAAAUUGUCAAGCAAGUACAAGAAGGAGAUGAGGAAAAUAAGUGUAGAGUUGAGGGUAUCUCCCUCCAACCGGUCAGUGUUUUCUGUUAGCGAUGAAAAGUCAACAUUUGUUAUUGAUAUUGAACAACGUCCAUGUACGCUGCAAGUUGAUUUGAUACCGUGUCCACAUGCCUUGGCUGUAAUUGCAAAUACAAGGAGAUAUUCAUAUGCUUACUGUUCUUAUUAUUGCACAAGAGAUGCUUAUUUGAAUACAUACCAAUAUUCUACAUAUCCUGUUGGAAACCAAAAUGAAUGGACAGUGCCUGAAAAAGUACAAGCCAAAAUUGUGUUAACUCCUAACCAGAAGAGGAGUUUUGGAAGACCUACUGAGAAGAGGAAGAGAUCAUCCAGAGAAGGGAAACCAACAGUGAAAUGUGGUCGUUGUGGAGGAAAAUGUCACAACCGUAGGAGAUGCUCAAGUGUGGUUCCAUUAAACUAG